AUGUCUGUCCAGAGAGAUAAUGAAGGAGAGAGGAGUGCUCAUGGCCCACACCGCUCUGCUCUGUACGGAUCCAUCCCCAAAACACAGCUCCCCAUCGUCUACCACCCCGACUACAACAUCACCUUCAUGGGCCUGGAGAAGCUGCACCCCUUUGAUGCCGGGAAGUGGGGCAAAGUCAUUCACUUCUUAAAAGAGGAGCAGUUUCUUCAUGAUGGGAACUUCGUGGAAGCUCUAGAAGCCACUGAAGAAGACUUACUGGUGGCACACACUAAACGCUACCUGAAGAGGCUGAAGUGGUCUCUGGUCGUGGCAACAAUCACAGAAAUACCACCUCUGGUUUUUCUGCCUAACUUCCUGGUGCAGCGGCGAGUGUUGAGGCCUCUGCGGACUCAGACCGGAGGAACCAUCAUGGCGGGAAAACUGGCCGUGGAACGAGGAUGGGCCAUAAACGUAGGAGGAGGAUUCCACCACUGCUCUGGAGACCGAGGAGGAGGCUUCUGUGCCUACGCUGACAUCACACUGACCCUCAAGUUCCUGUUUGAAAGAGUUGAAGGAAUCUGCAGAGCGACCAUCAUCGACCUGGACGCUCAUCAGGGGAACGGACAUGAGCGGGACUUCCUGGACGACCAGCGUGUCUUCAUCAUGGACAUGUAUAACCGCCACAUUUAUCCACACGAUGGAUUCGCCAAAAGAGCCAUCCGCAGGAGGGUGGAGCUGGACUGGGACACUGAAGAUGCAGAAUACCUCCAGAAGGUGGCGCUCCACUGUGAGGGGGCUCUGAACGAGGUGCGUCCGGACGUCAUCGUCUACAACGCCGGCACCGACGUCCUGGACGGGGACCCCCUGGGGGGCCUCGCCAUCUCGCCACACGGCAUCGUGAAGAGAGAUGAGCUGGUGUUCCGAGCCGCUCGCUGCAGAGGGAUCCCGAUCCUCAUGGUCACUUCUGGAGGAUACCAGAAGAAAACCGCUCGCAUCAUCGCAGACUCCAUCCUCAACCUCCGGGAGCAGGCUCUGAUUGGUCCAGAGGAGGAGGGGGAGGGACUCACACGGACUCUACCUGGACAACCAUCAGCAACCAUCAACCACAUCACAACCAUCAACAACCAUCAACCACAUCUACAACCAUCAGCAACCAUCAACCACAUCUACAACCAUCAACCACAUCUACAACCAUCUACAACCAUCAACCACAUCUACAACCAUCAGCAACCAUCAACCACAUCUACAACCAUCAACCACAUCUACAACCAUCUACAACCAUCAACCACAUCUACAACCAUCAACAACCAUCAACCACAUCUACAACCAUCUACAACCAUCAACCACAUCUACAACCAUCAACAACCAUCAACCACAUCUACAACCAUCAACAACCAUCAACCACAUCACAACCAUCAACCACAUCACAACCAUCAACAACCAUCAACCACAUCUACAACCAUCAACCACAUCACAACCAUCAACAACCAUCAACCACAUCAAAACCAUCUACAACCAUCAACCACAUCUACAACCAUCAAUCACAUCUACAACCAUCAAUCACAUCUAGAACCAUCUACAACCAUCAACCACAUCUAG